GAGCCGUUUCUUCGUUACGACGAUCUUGCGAGGAGCAUGCUGUGGCGUAGCGGCAAGCAGUAUAUGGCCAAGAUGCGGGGCAUCGACGACCUUGCGCGGCUCAAGGAGGUCAACCCCGCCUUGAACCUGCUCGUCUGCGACCGAAAGACGAUGGCUGCGCGGUCCCGAGACGCUACGCUCGGGCAAGCGAAGCACCGGAUCGUAUUCUGGUCGUUCAUAAGCAGCUUUCUUGGCAUCUCGCUUCUCAGUCUGCUGCAGUACAAUGUACGCCUGUACCUCUACCCAAGCGAGAUCCAGGCGACGAGCUUGAUCGGGUCGUUUGGCGCGACGGCCGUUCUCGUCUUUGGCGUCGUCGACGCGCCGCUCGCCCAGCCUCGGAAUGUCAUUGGCGGGCACGUGCUCUCGGCCACAAUAGGGGUGAGUAUCGCCAAGGCGUCGCUGGGCAACGACUACAUGUGGCUGGCCUGCGCGCUUGCCGUGUCGCUCUCCAUGGUCGCCAUGCAGCUCACCGACACGAUGCAUCCGCCGGCCGGUGCCACGGCCCUCCUUGCUGUGAUCUCGCCGCCGGCGGUGCGCAACCUUGGCUACUUUUACGUUAUCUCGCCCAUCUUGGUUGGCAGCUGCCUUCUCGUGGCGGUCAGCGUCCUUGUCAACAACUUGCAGCGCCAAUACCCGCGGUACUGGCUUCGUGCAUCGUACGUCGUCCGAGACGUGGUUGAAUGCUAUGCUCAUGCGGGGUGCUAG